AUGGCUUUGGCCGUAAGUUGCCCUUUAGACCAUGGCGACUGCUUGCUCCCAGGCGGUCGGAUGGUGGCGUCUUUCGAGGGCGUAGAGUUCGUCCGCUGGCAGGAGUGGCCCUCGGCCAGUGCGCAGUUGAUUCUGCAAGCUUCUCCCUACAGGUAUCCCGGUGAAUCGCAAGACGAGGAGGAUGAGAGCGAGAGCGAGUGGGAAGAUGAGUCCGAGGAGGAGGCUUUGCCAGCACUUCCGGAUUCCUUCAAGGAGGAAGUGCCCGCGAAGAUCUUGGCAAUUCUCUCCGAG